AUGGCGACGGUCGAUCUCCGUCCGCUCGAUGAUGCGCUCGUCAACAGACUCCGAAGCGAUAUCCGCAAUCGACCACACCUCUUCGGUUCGGUGGCACGGGCCCACUGGGAGGCCCUCUUCAACCACUUCGAGGGCAGAUCGGACUUUGAAAUCAGGGCAUACAUUGCGCAAAAUUUCAAGAGUAACCACUGGAUAGGCAAUGAGGAGUGGUUUGUUGAUAGUUACACUCAGCAAAUCUUCCGAGAGUAUGAACCGACCGAAUUCGUUCAGUCAGGCAUGCCUGCGCUUAAUGACGAGGCUCGGAGCCAUUACAAUCCCAGCAACACGAUCGGGCGCGACAACUUGUUCCCUGCACUGCCUGUGGUCGAGGCGGGCCCGUCCGUUCUCAACCAAGAGCAAUUCGACGCGUUGUCGCCCGCCCAGCGCCAGCGAUAUCAACUUACCAGCACGUUCGGCGGGUAUCGCUUUGAACGUGUGCCACAAAGAAGCACAACAUCUGGGGGAGACAACCAGGGAGUACCGGCCGAUAACACGUCCGAGAUCAAUGCACCCCCAUUUAACAACUCCAUCACUGACGACCCCGUCGACAACAACGCCGGCACCCCGGGCACGCCAAAAACCACACCAACAGGGACAAGCAUAUUUGGGAUCCCCACGCCGCCAUUUUCAAACCAGACCGGUACCGGCAAUGUCCAGAGGCCGGGCCAGCCCGGAGGAACGUCCGGUGUGCCGCCUGGGCCCGCGCCCCCGGAUCUCCCAAGGGAUACGCCGCCGCCGCCGCCGGGAAUAUCGUCUGGGAACCAGCCAGGAUCGAACACUGUGCCCCCGGGUGCCGGGAUAGCGGGCCCAGGGGUCAACGACACCAUCAGGUACCCCGUGCAGCCGCCCAUCGGCACGCGCAUCAGGGAAAUCCUGGUACUCCUCGACGAAGGGGACGUUGACCGCGAAAUGCAUUGGGAGACGUAUGUCGCAGAAUUACAGACAUUCUUGGAGGACAUCGAGCGUGGCGAGGGCCCUGAGGUAGGCCCGGCAACGGCACUUAUGGUCCGGCAGGCGCUUGAGAAAAUCCAGGCGCACAAGCUCUUUGAAACGACCCAUUAUGGGCCGAACACCCCAAACAAGAUCGUCACCGCGGACAUGAUCCCUGCACGGGAGCCCAGGCUCAAGUACAACGGCAAGCUGCCUCUUAUCCUGGGCAGGGACCACAAAGACAACGAACACUUGCAGCCAGAGGAUUUCCCCACCCACCCGCGGGCGGAGAUGAUUGUCAACGAUCAGUGGCUCACCGAUGUCGAGAGGCGAGCCGGGCUGACCGAGGAAAAGCGGUUGGACGGGCAAGCAGGGCUUUCACAGGACGAAGAAGAGUGGUGGCGGCUCGGCCAAAACCAGACCCCUGAGCGGAGGAAUGCUGCUCUCAGGCAUGAACAGACAUUCGAGCAGUGUAUCGCCAGCGACGGCGUCGGCUUCCAGGGGUGGAUCGAGACGCGGCUCGAAGGCGACGGGUCUCUCAGCAGGACCCUCUUCAGCGGAGCCAAGCUCGGGAACGGCAAGGACUGCUUCGCGCGGGAGAGGGCAGUGCGCCGCGCCGGCCUGCAGGCGGCGCUGCGGCAGUUCAGCAGCAACGAGAACCGGGCCGCCAACACGCCCUGGCGCCGCGUGCGCCUGCCGCUCUCGGCCGCCGAGGUCGAGAUCAUGCGCAGGAACACGGGCGCCGGGCCGGGGCGCAAGUACGAGCUGGCAAAGCUGCAGCCGCACCAGGUCCAGGCGACGGACGGCAAGGACGACCCCCAGGGCUUCACGGCCAACAUGGCCAAGUUCUGGGCGGACCAGAACAGGGACAUGGCGAGGGCGCGCGAGGCGGUCGUCAGCCGCAUGGGCUUCGGCCCGCCCGCGGCGCCUGUGCCUGGCCAGGCUGCGGUAGGGGCGCCGUCGGUGCUGCCGCCCACGUCGCUCUGGGGCGCCUACGUCGACAGUGGGCUGAGCGCUGAGGAUGAGUACCACCGGCAGAUGUUGAAGGAGAUGAGGACCGUGAGGAAGUUGUUUGAGCGAGAGCUGAAGAUCGCGCCCCGGAACCUCCUGAAGGAUAUGAACACACUGUACGAUCAAGGAUUGAAAGGCCUCAAUGAUACCUACACCCCUGCUGGCGGACAGCAGCAAAGGAGCCCCGCUGCUCUCGACGCACGAGACUUGGUCAGGAGCGGCGGUGCCUUGGUUCUGAGGGACCUUGACAAGAUGGAGAUCUACUGGAUCCGGUUCCUGCUCACCCAAUCCAUCACGCCGGAGAUGACGCAGGAGCUGGAGCCCCGCGCGUCCCUGUUUAUAUUGUUUGCCGACAAGCUGGCCCGCAUCUUCAGCGACGUCUCGGAUCCGCUGUUCCCAGAUAACACCACAAAGGUCAGCGUCGAGGAUCUCAUUGACUACAUCCACGACAGGACAGACGGCCCCGUCCGGAGGAUCAGGUUCUACCCCCACGACGUGCAGAUGUGGCUGGAGCGCCUCCACACCCAAGGCCGCUGCCGUUACCAAGAAGACUGGCGGUGCUAUGGCUGGGUGAUGCGCCCCGUCCCCACCUGCCACCCAGAGCAGCUCGUCAGGUGGACGUCGCCUGAGGAGACCUGGCGUCUCCGCCCCGACGAGAGGAAUGAGGACGUGGUCCUCGCUCCUCGGUUCGAUCGCUUGCGGAACUGGCACUCGCUCGUGAGAAGGGGCCUCCAGAACAGUCCGCUGGACCAGAGGGUCGAGGAUUACUUCCUUGUCCUCGCAUACCGCUGGGGUGUUUACAUGUCGAAGCUGACUGGCGAAGGCGGCCUAGAACAGCAUGGAACAAUGCCCCCGCCCAACCCCCUCGUGAGGCUCGUCAAGGCGACGCUAAACGACAAGGCGAACGACAACAACCUGACCGCGGAGGCAUCGCUGCAGCUCAUCCGCGACAACAUCAUCAAGGAGGCCGUCAAGAAGGACAGCAUGCUGUGGCCGGCACGCAGCGCGAACGACUACCUCGACCCGCUCGACGAGAAGGUCCGCCCCAAGGUCUGGGGCUGGGCCAGGCCCGAGGUCCGGGGCAAGGUCAAGAAGUUCUUCAGCGUGAACAGGUGGCCGGUGCAGCUCCAGACGGAGAGGAGGCAGGACAUCAUCACGCGCGACAAGGACGUCGACACGGACCUGCUGUGGAGGCCUGAGCUCGAGGACCCGACGCCGUCCAAGUACUACCGGCCCAAGGCCAGGCCGUACGUCGACGAGAAGGUCCAGUUCAGGGCGGGCCACAGGAACUUCCUGAUCGGUGACACGCCGCACCAGAGGCAGGUGAUAAUAGAUAGGAUGUUUGCGCAGAUGGGCAGAGGUGACAACCAAGACCAAGAUGCGACCCAAGAUGCGACCCAAGACAUAGAGCCGCCGGGCUUCAUCGAGAGGUGGCAGAACUACCUGCUGAGCCGCUUCGACGAGGAGGACCCGGACCGCUACCAGGAGCCCGGGGCGAAGCUCCGCAAGUUCCACCCGGACGACAUCCCCGAGAGCGAGGACAAGAGGAAGCUAAAGAGGAGGGCGGACGGCGGUGCUCCGGGCCAGGGGGCUCCAAAGAGGCGUCGACGUCGUGUACCGGGGGCGUUGGACGACGGGCUGGAGGGUGGGGAGACGACGAGGACGACUACGACGGUGACCGGAUCCGCCAACCACAAGCAGGAGGAGUGCCCGCAAGGGAACCACCCCCACAAGUACCACCCGCAGAUGUGCCCCCCGCGGGAGCACCGGGCGCGGGAGCAGAAAACGCGGGAGCAGCCGGCGGAGAGGAAGAGGCAGAGGGCACCUGGUGGGAUUACGCAUCGAUGGCGCUGGCCAUCUAAGACAACUCUGAGAGACAGCUGGCUCGAGAGGCGACAGCCAGUCUAG